AUGUUGAAGUUAAUGACCGAGUGGCCUAACUCUUGGAUGAACCUUUGGUUCAAUCUGGAAUGUCUGGGCAAGCCCAUAUCACCCAAUUAUGCAGCAUUCCUGAAGGUGUUGAGACCUACAAACUGCUACUUCAAUCAGCCUGAGGCACACAACCUCCUGUUUCUGUGCAGAAGCCUACAAGCUCCUACUCCUGCUAUGCUAAGAAGCCUCUAUCUCUGCAAACCAGGGACCAACCAACUUUUACUCUUGCCAUCCUUUGACUCACCAGCUCAUACUUCUGCCAUCCUAAGGUCCACAGGUUACUACUCCUCCCACCUGAGACCCAUCAGCUUCUACUCCUGCCAUUCCAAGGUUCACACCACCUACUCCUGUGAUCCUGGUGUCUACAAGCUCCUACUCCCAUCCUGUGAUCUACAAACUCCUCCUGCCAUCCUGAGAGAUGCACAGCUGAAGAGUAUGGAGUUGACCAUAAACAAUGCUGAGAAGUACAUGGGUCAGUUCUGCACACUGCUCGCCGCGUACACUCGCAAAACGGCCAAACUGAGAGACAAAGCCGAUUCACUCGUCCAGCAGCUGCACGAAUUCUCCAGUACUGAAGGCCCUGAGGUCAGAAUCUGCCUGAAGAACUUCUCAGAAGAUUUAGCCAUGGUGCAGGAUUACAGACAGGCCGAGGUUGAGAGGCUGGAAACGCGAGUGGUCUCACCUUUAAAGGCAUACGGGAAUAUUGUGAAAACUAAACGAGCAGAUUUGAAGAGGUUUAGUGCGGAUCGUAACAGAGAGAUAAAAGAGCUGCAGCGGCUGGAAAAGCUCCGGCUGAGGAACCCAGCAGACAUCCAGAGCAUUACACAGGCUGAAACCAGUGUGCAGAAAGCCAACAGCAACGCCAACAGGAGCUCCAGGCAAAUGGAGGAGACCAUCACUGACUUCCAGAGACAGAAACUGUCUGAUGUAAAGAGGAUCUUCACCGAGUUCAUCAUGGUGGAGAUGCUCUUCCAUUCCAAAGCUUUGGAAGUUUAUACACACACCUUCAACAACCUGGAAACUAUGGAUAUUGACAAAGAUCUAGAGGUUUUCAGGAACCAAAUCCAGAUUUCUGGUACUCUUUUGGAGGACACGGCUCUUAUCACUGGUUUGCCGCAAUACCCGAGUCUCACUCAGUCUACAUUCAGACUGACUCACCAGCCGAGCCUCUCUAACCCCAUGUGGACCUCGGAUCAGCCGAAAAAGUCUCUGAACAGAACUUUCCGCAGACAGGAGGAGAUGGAAGAGGAGGAGGAAGAGGAAGAGGAGGAGGGAGAGGAGGAGGAGAGAUACGACACCGAGGAAGACGUGGAGGAGCCGAAGACUUUCCGACAGUCAUAUGCUGCUCAGUAUACGACAAGCCUCAGACAGAAAUGA